CUUUAAUCAAAUCUUCAUUAAAUGCAAGAAAAAUCUAACGAAACUGCGUUUAGUAACGAUAUACUUUUUCUCUGGCCACAAGUGAUUAUUAUUUUUGGUGACCAGUUCGCCACUCGAUUGAUCCUAUCCCGGGAGCCUUCGUUGCAUGUUUCCCACCUGUUGCGGAUCCGCCUUAAGACCAACACGGACGCAAAGCGUAGCAAAUUUCAAGUUCAACUAUUCAGUACCCACUUCAGGCGUGACAGACAUGAGAGACUCGAACUGGGAUGCCAGUUUACCGCAGCAAUCGAGAAUUUUUUUAAUAAUGUGAACAUUGAUUUUCGAUUAAGUACUAAUAUUGAAGGAGAGGAGAAAAACAUGGCGAACAGCUCAACUUUAGAUGUCUUGUUUUCCCAGAGAACUGGCCAGAAUUCAUCUGAACCAUCUCCAUUCUCUGACUUUAGAGAAAAUCCGUUGAAGACCUAUCUCCUGGGAAUCAUCAUUUCAAUAUCAGGGAACUUUCUGAUCAGCAUUUCAUUGAAUAUACAGAAAUAUGCCCACAUGCGUCAGUCCAGACACAGCAGCUCCAAGCCCUACUACACCUCCUGGUUGUGGUGGUGCGGUGUUGUCCUCAUGGGGCUCGGAGAGCUGGGGAACUUUGCAGCCUACGGCUUUGCUCCUGCCUCCCUCAUUGCACCGCUAGGCUGUGUGUCAGUCAUAGCUAGUGCCAUCAUCUCCGUGUUGUUCCUGAAAGAGACAUUACGAGCCUCUGACAUUGUCGGUGGCACCCUAGCGGUGACAGGGACCUAUCUUCUGGUGACCUUUGCCCCACACACCUCCACUCACAUCACCGCCCACCUGGUCCAGAAGUACACUGUCAGCUGGCAGUUCCUGGUUUACCUGGUUAUAGAGAUCAUAGUGUUUUCUGUUCUGCUCUAUCUGUACAAGAGAAGAAAUAUGAAAAACAUCGUCAUAGUAAUGGUCCUUGUUUCUCUACUCGCGUCCCUCACGGUGAUCUCGGUGAAGGCCGUGUCCGGGAUGAUCACCGAGUCCAUCCAGGGUCGGCUGCAGCUCACGUAUCCCAUCUUCUACGUCAUGGUGGUGGUGAUGGGGGCCUCCUGUGCCUUCCAGAUCAAAUUCCUCAAUCAGGCCAUGAAGAUGUUUUCCGCCACGGAGGUGGUUCCGAUCCACUUUGUGUUCUUCACGGCAAGUGCCGUCGUGGCGGGAAUAGUAUUUUACCAGGAAUUCAGUGGGUUGGCUUUGCUCAAUAUAUUCAUGUUUCUGUUAGGCUGUCUGCUCUCCUGUCUCGGAGUCUUCCUGAUAGCCAGAGAUAGACCCAAGAUCCAGACUCCGGACCAGACCUUCAUAGCCAUGGGAAAGAUCCCUGGGAAGACCACUAAGGACAAAGUUCAGCCGGAUCCUACCAGUAACAAGUACGGCUCUCUGGCAGCUAAACUCAUGUGUAUCAGACCGAGCCCACAGGACCAGCUUUAACUCCCGGAACACCUGAGGGUGCAUACAAACGCCUGUCUGGCUGGGUCAACACGACACGCCUCUCAGCUGACAAGAGACUGCCAAAAGGCCAGUCCGUCCCUAGUGUGCAGUUUCCAGCAGGUCUGACUAGUGCUGGUCGGGCGAAUGAAAUGGUGCUACAACUGUUGAUACUGAAGAGCCAUCUCAGGAUCUGAGCCAAAUGCAUUUCACACACCAAAUACAUCACCUUGUCAGUCCUCAAGGGUGUAGGUCUCUGGGAACCCAUGUCAACAAGCGACUGUACUUUCUGUAAAUACUAAAGCAAAAGUUAUUAAAUAUAAUUAGUACUGCAGAAAUUUAA